GAAACGUUUCAUUAAAGCCAACGCACGUUGAAGAUCGCGCGUUCUACUCCGAUCUUUCGAAAUCGAGUGAUUCAAGCGACCCACCGAAAUAACUAACGAAACUGAACAGAAUCGAAUCCGGUUGCCGGUUCACAUCAACGCUUCAAAGUGGUCAGCCCUAAAUAAACUAUACAAAUUAAACAAAUUAUUAGCUUGUGAAAUACAAAAACAAAAAAACGAACAAAAAUGAAGCUCUUGUUCGGUUUGCUGAUGACCGUGCUAGCCCUAAGCGGCGUUUUCACAUUGCCAGCGCGCAACGAUCCACAGGACGAUGCGGAGGUGAUUAAAGUACCAUCACGCCCUCAGCCCGAAUCGGAUUUCCAUAACUUCCGCGGCGUCAUCGAUACCGGCUCUGGUUAUCCCUUCCUUCAGCCGAAUCCUUCGAGCUUCAAUGUGGGCAUCUUCGACUCCUUCGAUGAUCUCUUCCGCCGUCUACGCACCCGUUUGUGGCCUGUAAUUGGCAGGGAUUCUGGCGAGGAAGGCGCUUCUCCGACUGGCGACGCUGAUGACUCCAGUGAUGGCAGCGGAGCAGGUUUUCCAUUUGGAGUUCGUCCUCUGAUUCCGCUGGACUCGAAGAACGCCAACACCACAUCCACCAUUAAGGUUGUCGAUGGCCAUAAGGUUGAGAUCAACGAGACUGUGUAUGGUGAUAGCAACAGCGUGUUCAAGGUCCGCUUGGUGAAUGUGCGUCCUUUGGAGAGCGGCGAGGAGGUGGCCCAGGGAGUGCACACCAGUGGAGGUGACUUCCAGCCGGCGGUGGAGCCCAGCACCUCCUCCCCGCCCAAGAAGUUCGAGGAGUUCGACGAGGAGGACGACGACGAUCGCCGCGAGCCGCUGGAGAAGCAGCCGCAGGAUAACGAGGUGCGCGACAUUGAUGAGCCCAAGUCCACAACACCAACAAACACCAGUUAUACAGCAAAUCCUCACACCAGCUCACCCAUAGACUCCGAAUUCGAAGCAUCCGAUAUCAGUGAGGAUAUAGUGGAGUCUCAACCGGAAGAGCAAAAGAACACCAUGGAUAAGCUGCAGCAAAUGAUGGAACCCGUGCGAGAGGAGAUCAGACAUGAGGAAGAUUUGGAGCUGGAUCACGAGGACAAGGAGUACUUGGAGAAGAAAGAGAAGAAGGAGCGCGAAGAAUUCGAUUCCUCAGACGAUGAGGACGGCGAGGCUACAACUCCGGUCGUGAUGAGUGAAACCUUCAACGAUGAGUGGGCCGAAUUCGAUCAGGAUCAGGAUCGAGAGCACGAUCGGAGUGAGGAUCAGGAUCCCGAAUUGGACAUUGAAAACGAUCUGAACAACGAGAUCGAUAUCGAGGAGAACUUUGUGCCCAUUGAUCUAUCCAACGAUAUAGCCGUCAACGAUUUGGCUGCCGCAGAUCCCAAUUUUCCCAUCAAUGAAGAUGCCGAGUUCAUUGUGCACCCAGCUGUAAUCAGAACUAUGCCUAUGUUCGAGAAGCUGUCUUUAGGAGAGCCUGCGAAAUGAGGAUUCCAAGCCUCUACUACUAGUCUAGGCAUUUUCUUUUAGUCUUAACUCAAUAGCUUGUAAACAUAAAUCAAGGAUAUCUCUGAGAGAUCCAAAGAAAUCGGCGCACACUUCAUCAGUAAUUUAUCCUAUUUAUUUUCACAGACAGCGAGUAUUAUGUAUGCAAAGUGGCAUAGAAAAUUAUUUAUUGUUAAAAUACAAGAAAUCAAAUAUAAA